AGCGUGACGAGAAUUCUAAAGUUUUUAUGUUAGAAGGUGCAAAAUCAAUGGGUGCCGGAGCUGCUACAAUUGCUUCAGCGGGAGCUGCUGUCGGUAUUGGAAACGUCUUCAGUUCUUUGAUUCAUUCCGUGGCGCGAAAUCCAUCAUUGGCUAAACAAUCAUUUGGUUAUGCCAUUUUGGGCUUUGCUCUAACCGAAGCUAUUGCAUUGUUUGCCCCAAUGAUGGCCUUUUUGAUCUUAUUUGUAUUCCGAUCGAAGAAAGAAGGUUUCAGUCUCAUAAAGCAAGCAACUAUCUCACAGUUGAAAGUGGAGUUGGGUACGAUCUAAAACGAUUCCACAUUCAAGAGGACCGGACAUUUGCCCUCUUGAGUAAUGGUUAAAGAGCUAGUCCCCGAAAAUGCUCAUUCCUUUGUCGUUGGGGCCACCAA